ACACAAUUUAUGGAAACAAAAAGUGCGUGUACAAUUUAAAGAUUUAAACCUAAAAUAAACAAUUUUAAGAUGGAUAAUGUGGCAGACCAUACAGUUGCACAAUUGCGUGCUUGGCUCCGACGUCUUGAAUUACCAUCGAGUGGUAAUAAAAGUGCUUUAGUGUUGCGGUUGACAGAGAUUCCUGCAAGUGAACGUGGCGAGUGUCCAAGUGGUGCAGAAGUUGACGAAAUUUUGCUCCCAAUAUUUGAAGAUCAACAGACUGUACCAGAUACGGACGACGUUGCUGCUGCGCAGAUGGAAAAUGGUAGCACCAUACAACAAGUCGAAGAGCAGCCAGUGAAAAUCAUAGCAGACGCAGGUCCGACAGAGGUUGAAUUACUGAAGCGAGAGACAAAUUUAUUGAAACGGGAAAAAGAUUUGCUGGAGAGGGAGAAUGCAAUGCUACAGCGAAUGAUGCUUGGUGGUGAUACGUUGAGCCACCCGCAAUUGAAUCAAGCAACAAUUUCACUUGACCUGAUAAAAAAUCUGAUACCCGAGUACGAAGGUGGCGUUAAUUUCAAUUUAUGGGCGGCACAGUUCAAAAGCGUCGUCAGUGCUUACACUAUAAAUGAAGGCGAGUCGCGCAUUAUAUUCCUUAACAAACUGAAAGGCAAAGCACAACAAUGGUUAUAUGGCAACCCCGAUUUCGCAACUCAACAAGUAGAUGAGCUCAUCAGUCAAAUGAAUCAAGUGUUUGGCUCAGGUGAAAACAGAGUGGUGCUGCGGCGAAAAUUUGAGACCAGGAAGUGGAAGUCGGGUGAGCGGUUUGUUGAAUAUUUCAACGAUAAGGUGUUAUUGGGAAACCAACUACAGCUGGGAGAAGAGGAGUUGGUCGAAUACAUAAUCGACGGUAUACCUGAUUAUCGGCUACGCAACCAAGCGUAUAUGCAGUGCUACACAACAAAGGCACAAUUACUCCAAGCAUUUUCUAAAAUUGAAACUGGGCAAAAACCGAUUGCGCCGGCUCAGUCACAAAUUCAAGAAAGAAGAUGUUACAACUGCAGCAGUCGCGGACACCUAGCAGCAGAAUGCCGUAAGCCAAAGCGAGAGAUGGGUACGUGUUAUGGGUGUGGCAGUCGAAAUCAUCAAAUAGCAACAUGUCCAGAGAAGAAAACUGUCCACGCAGUUAAUGAAUAUAAUGUCUGAUAGACUCGGGUAGCCCAAUCAGCUUCAUAAAAAAAUCGUGUGUUACAGAAGAUUUGAAAUUGGAGCUUUUAUCAAAUGUGAAUACCUUUUAUUUUGGUUUAAAUAAUACGAGAAUUGUAACUUAUGGAAAGUUUUUGUGUUGUAUUAGAAUAAAUAAUGAAUUAUUUGAAUUAAAUUUUGUAGUAGUUGAUGAUUGCACUAUGUAUUAUGAGGCUGUAUUGGGAAGAGAUUUUUUGAGAAUUUGUAAUUUUAAGCUAUUCCGAGCUGAAAAAAAACAAAAUUGUUGCGAUGUAGGUAUGACGAAAAGUCGGCACGACAUUAAAACCGAACUAAAGUAUAAAUGGAAAAAAGAUAGUUACGAUAACAAAGAUGUAUAUUUAAAGAAUAUAGAUGUAAACGACAAAGGCAGUGUGAAAGAAAACUGUAAAAUGGUAAUUAAAGAUUCAAGUCAAGUGACUAAAAAUUGCAAAGAAGAAAAUUUUGAAAAACAACUUUUAUUGUUGGCUAACGUUGUUAAUGAAGAAUUAAAUGUCAAAAUUGGCUCGAAUAUAAACUAUAACGAUAUCGAAAAAUUUAAUGAAAUUUUAAGUAAAUAUUAUAUAAAACCAAAG